AUGGAGUCCUCAUCACAGCUGGUGGCUCGCCAAGGCUACCAGUCUCAGAACAUUAGCGAAGGAUCUCUGGUCAACUAUUGGGGCUACGCGGUUCGGGUUUUGCCCUGCGCAAACGAUCCUGGAACAUGCGAGUACUUUGAAGUUGUCUAUGGCUCUCACGCCGUCGGUAUGAAGUACACGGGGGUGCUUUGGGCUACGUUGGGCGGCAUUCUCCUUAUUCUCGCUGUCGGUCGCCAUUUCUGGGCGUCACCCAAAGCCGCCGAAAGUAUGCCAGGCGUUGCCGACGACGAGAAGAUCAAAACCCCUCCGUCCUCCUUCAUCCGGUUGGCAAGGUCUAUAUCUGCGAUGCGGCGCCGGCAUCUUCUUCCUGAUUCAAUCAGGUUCUUAUUUGGGAGGACCACUCGCCUGCAGGUGCUUGUCCUUGUUGUUCUGACCGGCUAUCUCGCACUUUUCAGCUUCAUGGGAAUUCACUACCAGACAUGGAGAACGCCGGUCAAGGCUCAUCCGGGGCUGUUCCAGACGCGAUCCAGCGUUGGUGCAUGGUCUGAUCGAGUCGGCACUCUCGCGUACGCCUUGACACCAUUUUCAAUUUUACUAUCAAGUCGCGAGUCGAUUCUCUCGAUUCUCACAGGAAUUCCCUAUCAGAGCUUCAACUUUCUUCACAGGUGGCUCGGAUAUAUCAUUUUCGCGCAGUCUCUAGCGCACACCAUCGGCUGGACCGUCAUUGAGGCGGUCUUGUACCAACCUCAGCCUGCUGUCGCUAACAAAUGGAUCAAGCAGCUAUAUAUGAUCUGGGGCUGUGUCGCCAUGAUCCUCAUUUUCAUCAUGGUUGCUCUGAGUACUCCGUGGGGUAUCCGCCUCACAGGCUACGAGUUCUUCCGAAAGUCGCACUACGUGCUUGCCAUGGUGUAUAUAGGUGCCUGCUGGGGCCAUUGGCAACCUUUGAAGGUCUUCAUGGUACCCGGCCUCGCCAUCUGGCUCUUCGACCGUUUUGCCCGCCUCGCUCGGUCUGCCCUCGUCCACUACCAGUACCUCCCCAACGGAACUAUGGGCUUCAAAGCCGCCCAAGCUGCGCUCUCCGUCUUCCCUGACGAAGAGAACGGCGACAUUGUGCGCCUUGAUUUCAGGCACUCGCAAAGUCCGUGGCAGCCGGGUCAGCACUUCUACAUCUGUUUCUCCGAAUGCUCCAUCUGGCAGUCUCACCCCUUCACGCCCCUCAGCCUCGCUGUAGACCGAAACGGCACCGUCGAACACGCUUACAUAUUCCGCGCCAAGAAGGGCGAGACCAAGAAGAUUGCCAGCCUCGCUGCCCGGAAGCUUGCCGUGCAGGAUGGGUCUGCCAAGACGACGCCUGUGAUCCUUUCUGGCGCGUACGGCGAGUCCCUCACCGAGAACCUAACGCCCGAAGUCAACGUCCUAUGCGUUGCUGGCGGGACGGGCAUCUCCUAUGUGCUUCCCGUUCUGUUGCACCUCGCCCAACAACCAGGCAUUCCUGACAGAAAGAUUGAGCUUGUCUGGGCGGUUCGCCGCCGCCAAGACGUGCAGUGGGUGCGGCCUGAAUUAGAAGUCCUUCUCGCGGCGGCGAAGUCGCAUGGUAUCCAGAUCCACGUCCGCGUGACGAGGCAAGGAGAGGCAGAUCUGGGGUCUGAAGGCUUCAGCCCAAAAGCAGAGAAGCAGGUGGCUGAUGCGACCUCAUCGUCAUCUUCGUCGUCUUCGCGAAACAGCGCUUCGCUCGAUCUGCAAAUGACUGGAACUCACCCUGAUUUGGAUACCAUUGUGCCAGCCUUUGUGGAGGGAACAAUUCGCGGGCGGACGAUUGUCUUUGCCAGUGGGCCUGGUUCCAUGAUCUCUCAGUUGCGAACUGUGGUGGCGUCCUGCAACUCGGGAACCAAGGUCUGGAGGGGAGAUGCGAGGUUUGACGUUGCUCUUGAGUGCGAUGAUAGAUUGGAGUGGUAG